GUCUGAGAGGGUGGAGGCGGAGCGGGAGUUCCCUCCGAGGCCCGUCCUGAAGUGAUGCCGCUCCUGUUGGGACGCCGCCGGGGCCCGUGAUGGACGAGUUCACGGCGCCGGCGGAGAAGAGCGGCUGCCUGGAGCGGAGCCGGGCCGCCAUCGAGCGCCUCUUCCGCGUCCGCCUCGGCAUCCUGGGCGCCCUCAGCGGAGCCGGCUGGGCCUCCGACGGGCAGCAGCAGCCAGGCCCGGCCAAAGGACGCCGCAUCUGGCUCACCCUCCUGGGAGACACCGGGGACGUGCGCAGCGCCAAGGAAUAUAUUAAAGGACUCUGUGAACCGGAAUUGGAAGAGAGGGAAUAUUAUCCCAAAGAUAUGCACUGUAUUUUUGUAGGUGCCCAGAACCUCUUCUUGAACUGCCUCAUUCAAAGAACCUCGGCUGAUGUCACUGUUGUAGAGAUAGGUACACUGAAUAUUAAGGGCGGUGCAGAACCUGUCGUAAUGGCUAGAAGUCACAUUCAGCAGUUUGUGAGCCUCUUCAAAAACAAUGCAAAUAUAUCAAAUGGUGGAGAGUCAGAAGUGAAGAAAAGGUUCAAACAUCUUGUUGAAGCCCAUGCAGAUAAAUAUACUAUGGACUUGUUGAUCUUACCAAACUCAUUGAAGAGAGAGCUACUCAGCCUAGCACAGAAGGAGCCCUCCAAAGCAGAAUGUCCAAUCAUAGAUCUUGCCGCUUUGGAAGGGACAUCAGAACUACCCCCAAAUCAAAUGCAGCAAAGGCCUGGGAGAAACCAUGACUGCCGAACAGGGAGGGAGGAAGAAAGAAACAAGGCCGGUACCCCUGUCACUGAGUUAGCAGACAGAAUGAAUGCUGUUUUCCCAGAUACUUCAGAAAGGCAUUUUUUACCUAUCAAUGGUAUGAGUCCACCAGAGACUUCUGCAAGUAAAGAGAGACAAUCAUGUAAAAGAAGGUCAUCGGAAGCUGAGGAGAGGCUUCCAAAGAAGCAGUUUUCUUUAGAAAACAAUCAGGAGAUCCAACUGAUUCCACCCGCUGCUUCAUCCCAUGAUGAUGAUGAUGUUGUGUUGAUUGAUUUAGUCUCCGAUUCAAGCAGUGAGUUGGAUGAUCCACAUGGAUGCACUAAAGAAAGUGAUGAGAUAAGCGAGGAAAUGGAAUAUAAGAUUUUGGUGAAUUUUUUCAAAAGCAUGGGCUACUCGCAACAAAUUGUAGAGAAGGUAAUUGCAGAACAUGGUCAGUCGGCUGAGCCGCUCUUGCUUCUGGAAGAAAUUGAAAAAGAAAGUCAAAAGGGUUCCAAGGACAAAAGUGAGGUUGUUGUCCCUUCUGUGUGGGCUGAGAAGGAUAAAGGCAGUUCAAGCAACCAAGGCCUGGGAUGUAAGCCAGAGCCUUCCAGAAAUGCAAAACAAAGUGUAAUAUCUGUUGGGCAAGCUCAGAGCAAGGCUGAAGGGAAAACAUACAUGCCAAAAAGUGAAAACCAAACGGCUUUGUCUGGCACCCAAAACCCACAGCACAAAGACUGCAGAAAAGUUUGUCUGGAUUAUUACUCUGGACUGUCUCACAUUUCCCAAGCAAGUGAUGUAGAAAGUGAUGGCCAUGUGAAAGCUUGUAAUCAUGAACAGUGGGUAUUGAAGGAUAAGAAACUGAAUGAUCCUGGCUUGGUGGCAAGGGGAAUCACAGCGACACCACGUCCACCAAUUCCAAUAGAAACAGGGGUCCUUCAAGGAUAUGCUGAACAACCAUCCACCAAAAACAAUCAACAGGGACAUUGCAAUCCUCUACAGCUUGGAGCCAGACAUCUACCUUCUCAGAAAUCCAAUCAGCUUUUGGAUUCUAGACUUCCUGCACAAUUAACAGGAUCUUAUCCUGAAAGGAGAGUAGAGGCUUUGCCCAGUCAUCACACUGACCCUUCAGUCACUGGAAUCCAGAGGUUUCUAGAAUCCCUGAAUACACCAUACAAGCUGGAAUUGAAAAAUGAACCAGGGAGGAGCGAUGUGAAAUACAUAGUAAUAGAUGGCAGCAAUGUGGCAAUGACUCAUGGGCUACAGAAGUUCUUCUCAUGUCGGGGGAUUGCAAUUGCCGUGGAUUACUUUUGGAAGCGAGGUCACAGGCAGAUUACCGUGUUUGUCCCACAAUGGAGAACGAGGAGAGAUUGUAAUGCCACAGAGCAGCACUUCCUGACCCAGCUCCAAGAUGUUGGAAUUUUGGCCCUCACUCCUGCAAGGGUUGUAUGUGGAGCCAGGAUUGCAUCCCAUGAUGACAGGUUUUUGCUGCAUCUUGCGGAGAAAACUGGAGGAGUCGUUGUUACCAAUGAUAAUCUUAGAGAAUUUGUAAACGAAUCUACUUCCUGGAGAGAGAUUAUUCAAAAGAGGCUCCUCCCGUACACUUUUGCUGGAGACUUUUUCAUGGUUCCGGAUGACCCCAUGGGACGGAACGGACCAGGAUUGGAACGUUUCCUUGAAGAGAGCGCCCACAGCAGAAAUGUCCCAUCGUCCUAUGGCCUUGCAAGCGGAGGCCUCUUUCCUUUGCCUACGCCACAUUUUGUGAUGCAACCAGAAAGCAGUUCCCGUUCAACGGAAAGCCGGUUGCCGGGCCUUGGGCCUCCUUUCCACAAGUUCCCCCAUGCCUCCACCCUCCCUCCACAUCCACGAUCAGCGACAGAAACCACCCACUUGAAAGAGGCCCUGUGGAAGAUCUUCCCUACCUCUGAGCAGAAGGAGAAGAUUGAGAAGAUCCUCGCCCAACAUCCCCACAUGCGGGACAUGAACGCUCUGUCCGCCUUGGUCCUGGACUUGGGCUGAUGGGGCGGACACAACGCCCUUUAGUGUUUCCCAUGUGGACUGUGACGUUGGCGGAAACCUAAAAUCAUUUUUUUGUAUAAAAAAGUGUUAAUAUUCAAAGGAUUUGCUGAUUUUUCCGCAAUUCAGCUUGAGUUACGUUGCUUUUAAAGAUUUGUAUUGAUGCGUCAUUUUCAAAGAAAAUUAAGUCUUUAUUCCUGACUGGUUUGCAGUUGUUUACAAAAGUGGAAGCGAGGUCUGCGGAAGAGAUCCUUUCGGUUCUGUGAUGGAAAUUCCAUGAUUGCAAUGGAAUCUACCGUCUUGAGUUUCUCCUUGUGGGGAGAAACUGCCUGUGAAGAUGGUGACUCAUCAGUGAGUAAACUCCUUAGGCAAGAGUUCUCCAUCUUGGCCUCAAAGGCUUUGCAGAUAGUUGCUUCGCGGAAGCCAAAACCGUCCUUGCAGCAGCAAGUAGCCAUAGCAAAAGGCCUCGGAGAUGUCCAAGAACCCAAACAAAGGGCAUUGGGAUUGAUAAGGAUGGGUAACAAUGGCUGGUCUCGUUGGCUACAUUCCACCAAAGGGAGAGAAAUGCAAGGAAAUGUUUUGUGGCGCCUUAAAGACAUCCAUGCCGCAAUAAAGUCUUACAAAAUCCCA